AUGGAGGCGCGCGGGGAACUGGGCCCGGCUCGUGAGUCGGCGGGCGGCGACCUGCUGCUGGCGCUGCUGGCGCGGAGGGCGGACCUGCGCCGAGAGGUCCCGCUGUGCGCCGGCUGUGACCAGCACAUCCUGGACCGCUUCAUCCUCAAGGCGCUGGACCGGCACUGGCACAGCAAGUGUCUCAAGUGCAGUGACUGCCACGCGCCGCUGGCCGAGCGCUGCUUCAGCCGCGGGGAGAGCGUCUACUGCAAAGACGACUUCUUCAAGCGAUUUGGGACCAAGUGUGCCGCGUGCCAGCUGGGCAUCCCGCCCACGCAGGUGGUUCGCCGUGCCCAGGACUUCGUGUACCACCUGCAUUGCUUCGCCUGUGUUGUGUGCAAGAGGCAGCUGGCCACAGGAGACGAAUUCUACCUCAUGGAGGACAGCCGGCUUGUGUGCAAGGCAGACUAUGAAACGGCCAAGCAGCGAGAGGCAGAGGCCACGGCCAAGCGGCCCCGCACCACCAUCACAGCCAAGCAGCUGGAGACGCUGAAAAGCGCCUACAACACCUCGCCCAAGCCGGCUCGCCACGUGCGUGAGCAGCUCUCUUCAGAGACUGGCCUGGAUAUGCGCGUCGUGCAGGUUUGGUUCCAGAACCGCCGGGCCAAGGAAAAGCGGCUGAAGAAGGAUGCUGGCCGGCAGCGCUGGGGGCAGUAUUUCCGCAGCAUGAAGCGCUCUCGCGGCAGCUCCAAGUCCGACAAGGACAGUGUCCAGGAGGGCCAGGACAGCGAUGCCGAAGUCUCCUUCACUGAUGAGCCCUCCAUGGCCGAGAUGGGCCCUACCAACGGCCUCUAUGGCAGCCUGGGGGAGCCUACCCCGGCCUUGGGCCGGCCCUCAGGAGCCCUGGGCAGCUUCACACUGGAGCACGGAGGCCUGGCCGGCCCAGAGCAGUACAGAGAGUUGCGCCCUGGCAGCCCCUAUGGCGUCCCCCCAUCCCCCGCCGCCCCACAGGGCCUUCCUGGCCCUCAGCCCCUCCUUUCCAGCUUGGUGUAUCCUGAAGGCAGCUUGGGCCUUGUGCCCUCCGGGGCCCCAGGUGGGCCCCUACCCAUGAGGGUGUUGGCAGGGAACGGACCUAGCUCUGACCUGUCCACAGGGAGCAGUGGCGGUUACCCUGACUUCCCUGCCAGCCCUGCCUCCUGGCUAGACGAGGUGGACCAUGCUCAGUUCUGACAGAGGCCCCAGGCUCCACCCAGCACCGGACAUGAAGGGUCUUGGCUGUGCUGCCGCUGGGUGCUGCCGCAGCUAGGGGCUGCAUGGAUCGUUG